AUGUUUCAGGAGGAUAAUAAAGUUCAUCAGUGCGGUCAAUGUGAUAAAUCCUUCAGACACAAACAUGUCCUUAGGAAGCAUGUUUUGAAAAUGCAUGUUUGGACAGCGAGUGAUAAAACUCAAUGUGAGAUUUGCAACAGAUUCUUUAAGCACACUGAGGGACUAAACCGACACAUGAAGACCGUGCACACCACCACCUUCCCUUACCAUUGCAAACACUGCCCGGAGAAAUACGCGUUCAACUACGACUUAAACAAGCACAUGAAGAAAGUGCACCCGGAUAAUUUGAGCAAGACCCCGGCUAAAGUGUCAGCUAAGGGAAUGCGCAUGCCUAUUCCUCCUGGUAUGAGGGUGCCAGGGUUAAAAAAUCCAGUUACCCGACCCAGCUCUAAUCCUUUGUUUACUAUUAAUACAGAUGCAGGGGUUGUCCAUCUCUACACAGAAGAUAUGGAUGUUAAACCUAAUAUUAACGAAAUCAUUAUAUAA